UGCCCGGUGUGCCCUCCCACCCUGCAGAGUCGGUUCCUCCUUUGCCUAAGCCGGGGCAGGAAGCGUGGGGUGAGAGCUGGGGAGCGCAAGCUGUGCCCUGCCGGGGAGCGGGCUGCCGGCCAGGCCCGUGGGAGGCACCGCCAUGGCCCGGCGGGAGCGCGAACGGGAGCAGGGUUCGGUGAAGCAGAGGGUAGCUGGCAUCGUCCGGACGUUCGCCUCCCUGGAAGCAGCCCAGCCCCAAACAGGGAGCCUAGCCCGCAGCUCCCAUCUCUGGCCAGCUGCCACGGGGAGCAGAGAGCGUUUCCAUCCACUGCAGAAGAUGGACACCAGCAAGAGCGUCGGCCAGGGCAAUCAGAGCCUGGGGAGCUGGGGUAGGACUGCGGGCAGGCUCUCCGUCGGCCCCAGCAGUACCCGGAGGAAGGAGCUGAAGGAAAUCCUCCUGCAGAGCAAUAGCCCCAGCAGCACCAUGCGGUUUGCCACCACUCAGAAGACAUCCAACGGCAGCAGUCUCCUUGCGGGGCCACACCAAGAGCAGAAGCCUGAGCAGAGCCCCGAGGUGCUGUCUCUUGCCCUGGAUCCCCUGGAGCACGAGUGGCUGCUGACGGUGGCCCAGGGCGAUGCGGACAACAUUGUCAGGCUGCUGGACCUGGAUCCCAGCCUGCUGACCAGGAAAGACUUUGUGACAGGCUUCACCGCUCUCCACUGGCUUGCCAAGCACGGCCACUAUGAGAGCUUCAUCCGGGUUAUCUCCCAUGCUCAGAAGAAGGGCUAUGCUGUCAACGUGAACAUCCCCACAACCAGUGGCGGGUUCACCCCCUUGCACCUGGCUGCCCUGCAGGGACACGAGCUGCUCAUCAAAGUGCUGGUGGGUGCUUAUGGGGCAGACACCAGCCGCAGGGACCACAACGGGCGCAAGGCUUGGCAGUACCUGCGGGCAGACACCUCCAGGGAGCUGAAGGAGCUGGCAGGGGCUUUGGAGGAAGACUUGGUCCAGCUAUGCUCUCACAACACCAACAAUAACUGUAAGUCAUCCAGAGAGGCCUGGGCAGGGCGGGACUGUGUGGACUCUGGGGCCGAGGGGAAAGCUUGGAGCUCCUGGAGGCUGUCAACACUCCGGGCCUUUGUCAGACAGGCAUUUACUUUCUUUCAAGAGCGCUGAAGCUCCCUUGGCCCAUUCGCUUGCAAACCUGUGCUGAAUGGCAGCCAGAAGAGCCUACAGGGGACUGGGAACUUGGCAAGGGAACAGCACUCGAAAUCCCAGCCAAGCAGAGAUUAACUCCCUGCACGGGGGUACUGCAGCCACUCUGGGUCUCGCGUGGUCUUUUGGUGCUGUGCUGGUGUGAGCGCGUGUGGGACAACCUCCGCCAUCAGGAGCAAUGCCUGGGGACAGUGCUUCCAAAAAACCACCUGUCCCCAGGGUGGGUUUUACCCCCUGCCCCUGCUGAUGGGCACUCCUUGAUGCAGCCCAGCAGAGCCCAAUGGUGGGGGGCUCAUGUGCUGGCCCUGCUGUGGGGUGCUGCUUCUCCAACACCCUGCAUGCCCAUGGCGGGGUGCUGACCCACCAUGAGAGGGGGUGUCCCAUGCUGAGGGAUGGGGGUGAACGUUUGGGCUGCCCAUCCCAGUCUGCCGGCACACUUUGCGUGUGACUGUCGGUGGGUCAUGCAGCAACUCCGUGACUUGGUCCUCCCACCUGUAAAAUGAGGGUGUCGGCACUGCCCUGGCUCCCAGCGACACUGUGAGGUUAGACUGGUCAUGGUGCCUCUGGUGCCUGAACGGAGACACUGGCAGAAUAUAAUUAAAUAUUUUGCAACCAUACUCUGAGAUGCCAGAGGCCUGGCCCUGGGCUAAUGAUAGAGAAGCAACUAUGGCUUCAGAAACACAACUCCCCCCCAACCACUUUUUGAUGUACGCUUCUCUGCUGGCAAGGAGAGCAGGUACAGACAAGCAGACCAUGUCACCAAGCUGCAAACACUUUCCAGCUGCUUCUGAGAUCCCCAGAUCUCUGCCACAUGUGCCUCCUCUGGGCUGCUGUUUAUUUGACAGAUAUAGCCAUUUCUCAGUAAAGCGAGAGCUGGAGUGCCCAGUUUGCCAGUGGAGGCCGGGCCCAGAGAAGUCUUUCAAAGUACAAGACAAGCCCCCCUGGCAGCUCUUUCAUGGGGACCCCUGUCCAGGGGAGCCCAAGAUGCUCAGCCCCACUGGGAAUGAGGGCUGGAGUGGAGGCAGGACGGACACCCAGUGGGGUGGCAUGUGGUGGCUCCCAUGGAGACUGGAGUCCAAGAGCAGCCCUGGAAAGAUAAUUCAUUGCUCAAAACCAUGGAAAAGGUACGAAGGCUGUGAGAUUAUCUUUGUUGCUAUUGAGGUCAAACUCAAAAAUGAAACUCUUGAGAAACAUCCCUUCAGCAGCGUAACCCCAUGUGUAUGUACCAGUAACUGCAUUAAAAGAACAAAGACUCUGGUCA